ACAGGAACUUUGUAUCUCUUUCUCGCCAACUGUUCACGAGCUAAAACCUCCCCAUACGCUACCACCAUGGUGUUGGUGGGGAGCGUGGUCUUGCCGCACGGCACGAUGAUUUUCGACGGCGACUCGAAUUCCUCGAACGAAGCUUGUCGACAGCGAAACGGCGCCCUGGACGAUGGCAUGAAAACGUCGUGCUCCAAUCUGUACAAAGCUUGCAUCACUGCAGGUGAGGAGGUUAGGCGUAUGUCCCCAGACCUGGUUAUCCUGCACACCCCACACGGCAUCAGCCUGUCCAAGUCUGUGGGUGUGUUUGUCAACCCGACCGCCAAGGGCACAGCGGAAUGGAACGACUGCUGGGACGACAUCAAGCUGCAACUUCCAAUGGACAAGGCAUUGGCCAAUCAACUUCUCACCCACCUGGGGGACAGCGGAAUAGAUGCACAGGGAAUCUGCUGUUUCACCAACUAUGACGCCCCCUUGCGGUGGGGAGAGGUAGUGCCACUGUGGUUCAUUCAGAAGAACCUGAGGAACCCAGCCAAAUACUUGAUUAUGAGCCAGUCCCUAUUAAGAGGUGAGGAGGCAGUGAAACAGCGGGUGUUGGUGGGGAGAGCUCUGUCGGGGUUCAUCGACAGCCUGUCUGAUACCCGUGUGGUGGUGGCCAUCAGCGGAGACCUGGCCCACACCCACCCUCACAGCUGUGACAACCCCCUGUACCAGCCCAACCCCAGGUGGAACAUGGCUGUGGAGCCUGAUGCUGCCAGCAUGUUUGGCAGGUGCGCUGAAGGGUGGGCCAAGUCUGCACCUACAGACCUACUGACAAGUGCUGCAGAGGGAGUUACAGCAUCAGGGGAGACGUGGGACCCAGUUAUUGCAGAGCAGUGGCUGAGGCAUGCCAACGAGCUCCAUCCCAAGGCCUUGUCGUGCGGUAUAGGUGGCUUCUGGGUGCUUCAUGCCAUGCUAUACUCCCAGGUUGAACGGGGUGUUAGCUUUGCACACAAGUUCCUGGCCCGGGAAGCGCCAACCUACUAUGGCAUGAUGGUGACAUUGUUUUUGAAGAGACAAUGA